AAAAAGAAAUCUGCUGAUCAAAUUAUAAACGACCUGGAGGGAUCAACCAGUUUUCCUAAGAAUGAUGCCGAUUUUGUUGUUGGUGAAUUCUCUGGAGUUCUUGAUGAAGAAACAUGGAAAAAAUCACCUGGCGAUCGGAAUGAAUAUGCCAAACAAUUUUUGAACAAGGAAUUGGAGGUUUUCUCUAAAUCAUCAUCAUGGGGAUGGUUUUUCUGGACACUACAAUUUAAGUAUGGCGAUGGUGGUGAAUGGGGUUUAAAGCCAAUGUAUGAGCGUGGUGGAAUAAAGAAGAGAUCAACACAAAAUAAUCUGAACAUUGACGAUAACAGAGUU